CUCUGAGAAAAUGUGAAAUCCGAGGCCAAGAAAUGGGAUAAAGUGAUUUAUUGGAAAUCUAUAAAUUGCCAGGAAUUUUCUACUUCAAGAAUAAGACUCCUUCAUCAACUAUCAUGAGGUUCUUGUCAUUCGCUUUCAUCAUUGCCUUCAUCCAGGUUGCCCUUGCUGUCCCCCUUGAUUCUCUUGUCGCUAGAGGACUUCUCAAGCCUUCUGAUGAUCCCUUCUACAAGCCAAAAGAUGGGUACGAGAAGCUUAAGGUCGGUGAAAUUAUUAACUCCAGACAGAUUACAAACCCAUAUGGGAUUGCGAUUCUUAAGGAGAGAAUCCAAUCUGCCUACCAAUUGUUAGUUCGUUCUCAAGACUCUUUCGGAAACCCAAAUGCUAUUGUUACCACCGUUCUUAUUCCUCACAACGUUGACAACACUAAAAUUUUGUCUUACCAACCUGCAGUUGACACCCCAAGUCCAGACUGUGCUCCUUCUUACGCAUUACAACUUGGAUCAGACCCAUCCACUUGGAUCACUACUCAGAUCGAGCAAGUUCUUUCUGAGGCUGGUUUAUAUGAGGGUUGGAUCGUUGUAAUUCCCGAUUAUUUAGGACCUAAGGGUGCUUACGGUGUUGGUUUACAAGCUGGAUAUUCUACUUUAGAUUCUUUGAAGGCAGUCGUGUCUUCUAAUUCUAUCACUGGAGCUAGUAAGGAUGCUCAAAUUGUUCUUUGGGGCUACUCUGGUGGUUCCCAACCUUCACUUUGGGCUGCUGCUUUGGCACCUAACUAUGCACCUCUGUUGAAAAUCCUUGGUGCAGCAGCAGGUGGACUUAUUAUUGAUUUAGAAGCCAUUGCAACAAAUGCUAUGAAGUUCCCAUGGGCUGGCCUCGUUAUCAAUGCCAUCAAUGGACUUGCAAAUGAAUACCCAACCUUAAAGCAAUAUGUCAAGGAUAACAUUUACCCAGCAGCCCAACAAAAGUUCUUCAGCGUUAACAACCAAUGCUUGAUCCCAAGUGCUUUAAGCAAUCUUUUCUCCAGCUGGAAUCAACUUACUUCAUUGGGUGCAAGCGUUCUACAACAACCAGCCGUCAAGAGUGUUACUUCUGCUAAUAACUUACUCAACUUGAACGCGAAGCCAUCCAUUCCAUUGUUUAUUUACAAUGCUAAAUUUGAUGAGAUUAUUCCAGCUCGCGAAGCUGACAAGUUAUUCUCAAAGUGGUGUGCUCAAGGUGUUAGUAUUCAGUACAACCAGGAUUUACUCAGUGAACACGCUACUCAAGCCAUUUUUGGUGCUGGAAGUGCAUUCAGUUGGAUCAAGGAUAGAUUCAAAGGUAAAAAGCAAACAGGUUGUAACAAGAGGCCCACAAUUUCAAACGCGUUGAACUUCGAAUCUCUUUUUGGAUUCAAUAGUAUUAUUAGCAGUGCUCUUAAGACACUCUUCUUCCAAUUAGCUGGCCCUCGCUCUAAAGCUUCCGCACUGUUUGCAUCAGUUGCAAACAUUGCAGAGCUUCCAGCCAAGGGUAACGACACUGCUGAGGCUACUAGAACUAUUGUACAAGGAGUUGCCACUACCUUUGCCCAAGCGGACAUCGAUGCAGUUGCUUCCGGCAAAGCUGUAUUAGUCAACGCACCCACCAGUGCUGCUUAAUCUUGAUACCUUUUCUAAAGUUUUCUUCACGCGGAAGCGUCAAUCGAUUGGUGGGCUACAAAUAGACUUUAGCUUACUUCUAUAGCACUAAUCAAAUUUUAUUGUAAUUCUUUGUAUAUUAAUCAGAAAAGCUAAUUAAAUCUUUGAAUCAAG